GUCAUCGUGGCCCUGCCCCAGGUGGAAUUCGUGCUGGAGGUGAACAAGGAGACCCGGGGGCUGAGCUUCGCGCUCAUGGACGACCCCCAGCCGAACUUGGCCUUCUUCUUCAGCUCCGAGGGGGUGGAGCAGUCUAAGAGCUCCGGGUCUUCUUCCUCGGCGCCAGCGCUGCCAAGGCGGCCCCCGCCGUGCCCACACCCUGGCACCCACGCGGGCUACGGGGGCUUUCUGACCACAGACAACCUGCGCGACGAGUUGCGCCGCAUCGCGCAGGUGGUCGACGACCCGAAGCGGCCCGUGUGGGUGGACCUGGAGUCGGGGCUGCGCUCGCAGGUGCCGGGGAAGCACGACGAGUUCGACCUGGGCAAGGUCUGGGCCUGCAUACGCAUCAUCUUCGACCUCGGGCUGCCGCGGCCCCGCCCGUCCUACGCCACGCGCUGAGAUCGCGGGGCGGGGGGGGUGAGGCGGCGGGCCGCCCGCCCUCGCCGCCGCCGUGCUCCCCCCCCCCCUGGGCCCUGCCCCCGCCCUGCCCCUGCCCUGCCCCUGCCCUCGCCGCCCCCCUCCCCCCCCUUGACGCUGGGCUGGCUUGCACCGGCGGGGGUUGCAGCGUCCGCCUGGUAUGGGGCGGGGGGAAGGGUUUUGUUCCAAUACCGACUUGAACCGGCGCGCUCUCUAGCAGCUAGGCGCAAUUUUAGGCAGCACGUUGCGCUGUACAGCCCCUGCCGAGAAUGGUACAUUGCCAUAUAUUGUUCCCGGCACGGGCUUUACACCUGGAGACUUCUUAGAUUGUGGCUGACGACGUGCGGGUGA